AUGUAUACCAACCGAGGAAACCGAUUUUCACAUCAACCUUCCGGAACACCUUGGCGACCAGUAACGAUUCGACCGCCAGUACCAACCAACCCAAAUUUCGUAAAUGCGUUUUCAAGCUAUGAAAGUGACAGUGAUAGUGAUAGACCAAGACCUUAUAAUGUAAUAUUCGAUAGUUCUUCUACUUCACCGGCACUAAGUUCAUCAAGUCCUUCACCACAAGAAACGCCAGAAAUACCUGGGAUAAAUGAUUCGCCUAUAGCAAAUAUAGAAGAAAUAGAAGAUUCAGCAGGCACUUACUUAGAGCCAAAUAAUGUAGAAACCUCAGGAAUGGAACAAGAUAAUCAACUAACAGUCAAUACUUUAGAAGAUCAGGAUGAUUACGAGAACGAAAAUGUUCAUCCAAAUCAAAGUCAAAUAGAAAAUGACCCUUUGAAGCAAAAUAUUGCCUUUUUACGCAAAGCUGUACGACAAUUGGAAGAUGACGAAUGGCAAUUUAUACAGACCAAUAAUGAAUUUACGAAAUUCUAG